UUGCCAGCCAGCCAGGCCGAGCUUUAGUAGCGAAUGCUUCGCCGACCCGCGCGCUUCAGUGCUUUGUUCCCUUUUAUUCACUCUCACCGCCAAAGAGAGAAAUAAAAAAUUGUUUUCGCGCUCUGGAGAUGUGCACCUGAUUUCUUCUUAAAAGCCACACUUUCCGGGAUUUGUGCAUCAUUUUGCUGGAUAUUAAACUUCUAACAACCGAAAUGAAGUCCCUGGUGAUCACUAGUCCGCACACCAACCUGAACCAGUACGCGUCGUGUCCGCAACUGGUCAAGGGCCAGACCAAGGCAAUGCCUGAAGAGUCCAACGAGCUGCAGGCGGUCAAACGCUUCACAGCCAAGUACGACUCGUACCAGGGCCUCAUCCAGGCGGCCAACCAGCGGCCAGACAGCCCAACCUCCUCUGAAGAUGAGGGAAAACCGAGCAUGGUGACUGAACAGGAGCGGCUGCAGACCGAGUCCUUCUUCAGGGGCCUCAAAACGCAGGUCUACGUCAGCAACACCCUGGCCAACCUUUACUUCGGGACGGCCACACACGCACCCUCAGGUGGCAACUCCAGUCCACCGGAGUGGGAACUGAUGUACACCGGCAUCCCGGUGGUGAUUCUGGACCUGGGCGAAACUCGCUCGCGCCGAAAGCGCCGCAUCCAGAUCUUGCUAGCUGAGCGCGGCUCAUGCUUCACCCUGUGGAAGGACACGAUCGACAACCUGACGGCCUACAAGCAGGUGGCACCCUCUUUCCACACCAUGUAUCUGUCCUCGGACCACCGUCGGGUGGUUGGGCUCAGUUUCGACAGCGUCGACGCCGCCGACGAACUGCUCAGCCAGAUCGAGUCGCUCACCUCCCGGCCCGAGAACAUCAGCCUGUCCAUGCCCAAGGGGGUCAAGCCCCCCACCGCCCCCAGCCCACCAAAACGCCUGCCCCCCAAGUCUCAAAUUUCCCAGCCCUGCUGCUUCCAACACGUGACUAGCGUCCAGAUUGACGACCGCUCGAGAUACUUCUCGCUGCAGACCUUGGUGCCCAGUCUGCAGGAAAUUGAGGACGAAUCGGAACUCAAGUGAUUUUUGCGUUUUACUUUAGUUUGUACUAAGGACUCUGUUUGACUGAUUAUUCUUUACAUAUUAAGUACUUUGGUGAGCAUGAGAUGUUUAUAAUUUAUAAAUUUAAAAGGAAAUAUGUGAGAGUUUGUGUUUAUACAGAACAAAAUUUGGGGCUCUCUGAAUAGUCCAGUUUUGUAUAUUAUAUAACUAUAUAAUAAUAGAAAACUUCAAAUGAAAUAUUGGAAAUUUAUAACAAGGGAUGAUAUGCAAUUUCAGUUUGAAAUAUUUGAAAAAGUUAAAAAUUACAAAUUAACAGCCAUGAUCGGAAAGUUUAAAAUUUAGUUUAAUGAUAUUAUUUAAAAAUCAGACAAAGGGAAGUUGAAUCUUUAUUUAACGCUCUGAACUUUAAAUGCUUUAAUUCAUCUCAAAUUCUAUUCAAUCUUGAUGUGCAAUUGAAAUCAAUCUACUUGUAAAUUAAAUGUAUUUUAAUCAAAAUUUAUGCAUCAAAAACUAAUGGAAGCGAUGUGAUUACAAAGCCCUUGGUCUGGUUAUGCUUUUGAAUUAUCCUUAAUUUGUUUUGUAAAAAUACAAACUGAAUUUGGCUGAACAAAAAUCUAUAAUAUUGACUAAAAUAUUUGGUAAUUUUGACAUCUCUUAUCUGAUUACUUUCCCACCGUGAAAAUUUGUAGCUGAAUUAAAAAAAAAAUAAAUAAAUAAAUUGUACACCUAAGUUAUUUUACUAGCGCCAAUAUAUUAUGAGAAUUUAUGUAUAAAUGUAUCUUAUUAUGCAAUAGGCUUCUCAUGUGAUUGUGAUAAUUUUGUGCUAUAACAACUUCUUGUGCACUACAAAAAAUGAAGAAGAAUUUUACGCACAAUCAUAAUUUAAAAAAUUUAAGCUGUGUAAAAAAAUUUGCAGAAGCAACUCAGGCAAUUCAUGAAGUGCCUGUGUUUAUAUUAAAAAAUCGAACAUGUGAUUUCACGCAGCUUGAAUGCAUACUUGUUUAUUGUUCAUAUUAGAGAGCGUGUAAUUAUUUAAUGAAGUCUAAGAGAGAAUUGUAAGUAAUUAAAGUUAAGUUAUGUAAAUUGCUUGUACAUAAUCAGUAGUGAUUGUAAAUAAAAUUAAAUCUGCAAUAAAGAGCUUAAAUAAAAAUUCAGUGCACCUAGUUUUCAUAA